UAAACUCAGAGCUAUAGAACACCAGGAACUCUCAGUCUGAGUCGGUCAGUUGGUUUCUGAUAGUUGGAGGUUUCUCUGUUUGAACCCCAAUAUGACGGGGCCCCUCCUCCUGCUGCUCACUGUGGGGGUGUCUGGGGUGUAUUGUGGUCACUCUCUCCAGUAUUAUUACACGGCGGUCUCAGUUCCUGGAUAUGGGCUGCCUGUAUUUUCUAUCGUUGGAUAUGUGAAUGGGAGGCAGAUUGAUCAUUACAGCAGUGAUACCGGCCGGGCUGUUCCUGUGGCUCCGUGGAUGAAUAAUGAGGGAAAGGAUUACUGGGAGAGACAGAAACUGAUCGCUAAAGGCGCUGAGGCUGUAUUCAAACACAAUGUGAAGACAUUAAUGCAACGCUUCAACCAGACCGGAGGUUAUCACUCUGUCCAGCGGAUGUACGGCUGUGAGCUGAGAGAUGAUGGCAGUAUCGGGGGGUAUGAUCAGCACGGUUAUGACGGGAAGGAUUUGCUGGCUCUGGAUACCGAGCGCGGGGUUUAUUAUCCGCUCACAGACCAGGCUCAGAUCACCACACAGAGAAUCAACAGCCCGGAGGAGAGAGAGGGGGAGAGAACCAAGAAUUACCUGGAGAAUCUCUGCAUCGAAUCACUGAGAGAAUACAUCCAGUACGGCAAGGAGGAGCUGGACAGGAGAGUUCGCCCAGAGGUGAAGGUUUUCAGUCAGCAAUCAGAUGGGGUCACCGAGCUUCAUUGCCAGGUGUACGGGUUUUACCCCCGGGAUGUGGAUGUGAAUUGGAAGAAAAAUGGGAUAGAGAUUCCCACGGAUGAGGCCAAACAGGUUCUCCCCAAUACUGACGGUACUUAUCAGAUCAGGGCCACAGUGGAAGUACAACCAGUGGAGGGAGAGAGUUACGCCUGUCACGUGGAUCACAGCAGCCUGAAAGAGCCACUCAUUGUGAUAUGGGGUCCCAAGCCAGAUAGUGGGAAUAUUGGCGUGAUUAUUGGUAUUGUUGUUGGUGCACUGAUCGUCCUCGUUCUUGUUGUUGGGAUUAUUCUGUGGAGGAAGAAGAGUUCAGGAAACAAGCCAGAUUAUGCUCUUGCUGCAAACAAAGAAGGUUCUCCAGCCUCAUCCACUGCAUGAAUCUUUUCUGCCACAAUGAAGAUUUCUGUGUAAGGAGCGGGAGAGAAUCACGACAGACACUGUUCUCCAUCUUUUCUUUCCUAUAACCGCACAAUAUGUCCAGCUUUCUAUAAGAAUUGUUUUACUUUCAUAUCACUUGCCUUCAAUUUAUUUUUUAUGUUUCUGAGAAAAACGUUGAUAACAUAAUUACAAUACGAUGAUUGGGGUUGUUUCUGAUAUUAUUUUAUUUCUGCUUUGCUAUAGUAAAAAAAUACAAUAUUUGAUUAGUUUUAUUCUCAGUAAUUAGUUUGUUGCCUGUAACUGUUUAUCAUGAAAUGAUUGAAGUAUUAUUGUGUGAACAAUGAGCAAUGACCAUCCUGCAAAACAGCCAAACCAUGUAAGAGUGCAGCGUUCCUAUGCUUUCGGGAUGGAAACAAAUGUAUUCAAUUCUCUUUCAUCUUCUUCUUGAUGCCCUCAUACAUAUAUUCUAUCCAUGGUAUAAUGGGAAAAUUAAAGGGACCCUAUAGUCACCAAAACAACUUUAGUUUAAUGAAGCAGUUCUGGUGUAUAGACCAUGCCCCUGCAGUCUCACUGCUCAGUUCUCUGCAAUUUAGAAGUUAAAUCACCUUGUUCAUGCAGCCUUAGUCACAUCUUUCUAAACACUUCCUGUAAAAGGUCAUCUAAUGUUUACACCUUUAUUGCAAUUUAUAUUUAAUUUAGAAUUUCGUAUCUAUUGCUCUGUUAAUAGCUACACCCUGCAGGAGCCUCCUGUAUGUAAUUAAAGUUCACUUUAUAGAGCAGGAGAUAAAAUAUUUUAAAGUAAGUUAACAUCAGAUUGAAUUUGAAACCAUUUUUUUCAGGCAGUCUGUCAGUUACAGUCAGGGGAGGCGUGGCUAAUGCUGCAUAAACAGAAACAAAAAUGAUUUAACUCCUAAAUGGCAGGGAAAUGAGCAGUGAGACUGCAUGGGCAUGAUCUAUGCACAAACUUUAUUAAACUAAAGUUUUUGCUGGUGACUAUAGUGUCCCUUUAACCCCUUAAGGACACAUGACAUGUGUGACAUGUCAUGAUUCCCUUUUAUUCCAGAAGUUUGGUCCUUAAGGGGUUAAAGGAAAACAAUUUAAAAAGCCCCCUAUUUUGUUAUCAUACGUUAUAUAGACAAUGCAUUAACAAUAUGCUAGAGAUACCUUCUAAUAUUCUAUAGCUGCACAGCUGAGAGGUUUUCUGCAGCUAUAAGCAGACCCCGCCCUCAGCAGGUAUUGGCUCCACCAAUCAGGAGUCUCUUGUUCUGGUCUUUGUGGUCUGAACUCAUCCCAUAAAGCCCUGUGCAGCAGAUGUUUUUGGAGGUAAGUAGUUUAUCUCCAGCCACAGUUCCCCUUAUAAUAUAGUAUGAGAGAACCUGCUUUAUAACUGAUAGUCACAGUGCACCUGCCAUCAGUUUAUACUUC